GUCCGUUCGUCGGGCCCGGAUGACAAGAAAAGCCAUAAGGAGGGAGGAAGGGAGAGCACGGAGAACAGGUCAUUCUGGUCUGUCUCUACAAGAUGGUUGGGUGUUACCUGCCUGGGAGGUGCCAGAAGUGUGCAGGUAUGAGUGUUGUUUUUGUGUGUACCUGAGAGAAAGUUAAGACGGGACAGAGAAGGAGAGGGAGCCACAGGGUGAGGAAGACGAAGAAGGAGGAAGACAGAGAGAGAGGUUUUCCUGGGAAUCUCUACUGGGAAUCAGCCAAGAUGUUUAAGAAAAAGGACUCCAAGACCACUUCUGUGAAGAUGAGCAAGUCUGAGGCCGCCGCCUUGGCCCAGCUGAUCGCCAAGAUGCAAAAACACGCCGACUUGGUGGAGAAAGACAUCCUGCGAGCUGAGGAGCUGCUGGCUGUGGACGAUGUAAAUGAAAAAACAGGGCAGCCGUUUCAACAUCAGGCCGAGAUCUCGGAUAAACUGGGUGAGGCGGAGGGGCUGCUGAAGGAACUUUUCCUGGAUGUGGACAAAGCCAAGAAGAACCAACAUCCUCAGGCUCAGGAGAUUGAGACCGAUGUCAUCCACCUUCACGAGCGCUGGCUGAAGGACUGCGGCGUCUACCGAGACAUCUUUGAGCAGAUCGACGAUGUGUCGUUGAUGCCCAUCAUCGACUGGGGGCCCGUGUUCAAUAAAAAGGAAAAACAGGUCAACUCGGAGGAGUUCGGCCCCACCAUGGCGGACGUGGAGAAGCAGAUCGCCACCCACAACAUCCUACACAGAGAGAUCGAAGCCUACAACUCUCAGCUGUGCCUGAGCUCCGCCGGCAGCAAGGAUAAACUGACAGCCCUGAAGAGGCAGUACAACAACCUGCUGGAUAACUCCAGGUGGAGGCAACACUACCUGAAGAGCCUGUAUGAGUACAUGCAGGGCUGCGACAAAGAGCUGUCCUUCCUGGGAGAAGAGCAGAAAAAGAUCAUCAAGCAAGACUGGAGCGACGAAAUGAUGGACCCUCCAGACGUCCGGAGGCAGUACGAGAAUUUCAAGAGAGACAGUCUUGUCCUCCAUGAGGGUGAGGUGAACAAACUCCAGGAUGAGGGGGACCGACUCAUCGAGCUGAAGCACCCGGCCAGCAUCACCAUACAGGCUCAGAGAGACAACAUACAAAACGAGUGGCAGAAAUUCCUCAACCUCUGCAUUUGUCAGGAGACACAUCUGGAAAACGUGGAGGCGUACAGAAAAUACCAACUGGACACGGAGCAGCUCUCAGAGACUCUGACCAAACUAGAGAAGACCCUGGAGUCAAAUUCUGACGUCCAGAGAAGCAAAGCGAAGACGCUUCUGCAGCUGGAGGGGGAGGAGAAAGUGGUGCAGAACUCCGAUCAGCUGCUGGCUGACCUCCGGAGGCGGAGCACCACCAUCGCUCCUCUGAAGCUGCGCCGCGUUCCCGUCAACAGACCCAUCACCGUGGAGUCCUUGUGCGACUGGGAAACAGAGAAGGACUCUGUGUCCCGAGGGGAAAAGUUUGCUCUGAAGUCAAACUCUGACAAGGAGAAGUGGGUAGUGGUUUCAGCAGACGGAGCGACUAAAACCUUCCCAGGUGUUUGCUUCCUGAUCCCACCUCCUGACCCAGAUUCUAUUGACAGUGUGGACAUUUUGGGCAGCGAGCUCGCAGAAAUUAAGAGGAGAAGAGCACAACUGGCAGCGUCCCUAAAAAACCACCACGAUGUUUCCAAAGUCCAGAAGUCAGCGCCGGUGUCCUCUGCACCGCUGGACCCUAAAAUUACCGCCAUGGCCGAGCAGCUGGACAAACUGGACAACGACCUGGCCAAGGCUGAGGAGGGCAUGCGGAACCGCAUUCGAACGCCGCUGAACCGAACCGACCCAACCGGAGAUCUGGGACAGAGGCUGAGGGAGCAGGAGAAAACCAAUAAGACACUGAAGGACCUGGAGCAGAAGAGGCAGGCCGCUCAGGCGGACCUGCAGCCUCUCAUCUCCAAAGAUCUCAACGGCACUUCGUCCGGACUGCCACUCAAACUCAGCGCUGCCACCAACAAGCAUGACGACAUCUCUGCACUCGCUGAGCUCUACAACAAGAAAGCACAAGCAUCUCUCAACUUGGAGAACCAGAUAAAGAAGGUGGAUGGUCUUGUCUCUGGAUUCGAGGAAGACCUCAGCCGAGACGGUCCGAUCCCUGACACCCCAAAAGCCCUUCAGAGCCGCGCUCAGAGCAUCCAGAACCAGAGGAAGUCUGUUACAGCAGCUCAGGGGGACAUGAAGAAGCUGAGCCAGGAUCUGGAGGCCACCGAGCAGCUGUGCAGCUCUCUGCAGAGGGGCUACCAGGAGUACUGCCCCGACAUCGAGCGCCAGAAGACGGACGUCAAGCAGCUUCAGACUCGCUACGCUAAUGUUGCAAACCAGCUGCAGGAGAGAGAAAACAUCUUACACGAAGCUUCAGCCAAGAACCAGGAGUUUCAGAGCACGUGCCAAUCCUUGAACAACUUCUUGGACAACCUGCCAACUAACCAGGUCAACCCCAAAGAUGAUCUCUCCCAGAUCACUGCUAAGACCAGCUCCCAAGAGAGAGUGGUAAACGAUCUGAAGAGGAAGGAGGAAGACGUCGACAGAGUGGCAACACUUUCACACGACCUGCAGUCGCUCCUCAAUGAAUAUGACACAAACGUGGACAGAUUCAACAGCACACUUGAGGAUGCACCACCAAGCAACUCUGACAUGUUCACGCUCUCUGAUGCAAUUGAAAAAGAGGAAAAAGAUUUGGUGAACCGUUACACAAAAGCAACAGCUGAAAGCAUUCAACAGCAAAAGCAGAUGGGCUUGGCCAAGAGCAUCAUUACACAAAAGGAAGACACGGUUCACAUGGUGACACAGAAGCAGGUCCAGGCUGAAAACCAGCAGAAGACCGCCUCUGAUAUACAGGCUCUGCAGAGAGAGCUGAACGAGGAGAAGGAGAGGAGUCUUCAUGCUCAGGCUAGUCUGAAAACCUUCAGAGACAGGAUGAUGUCCCUGAAAAGUCGCAGGGGAGUGGAACGUGUCGAGGAGAAGGAAGUUCUGCAGUACUACCGAGACCCAAAACUGGAAAGCGAUUUGUCUGAUCUGAGAAACACACUGCAUGAGGAGGCGCUGAAACGUAGCGCUGUUCAGUCUGAGGUUGAGGUGAUGAACAAAAAGAUCACCUCUUUGGAGGACAACAUCAAAAACAAGCCACCAAAACUGAUAACUAGAGAGGUGACGGAGUUUGAGAGAGAUCCUCAGCUAGAUGUAGAGGCUGCCAAGUUAAAAGAUGAAAUUGGAAAAACAAAAGACAACAUCAGAGUAAAAGAUGGGGAGCAUCUUAAGAUGCAGACAGAAGUCGAGAUCCUUAUGCAAAAGAGGCCCCCCAUCAAAGAGAAGAUCCUUAAGAAAGAGGUUGUUAAAGUGGAACAAGAUCCACAGAUGUUGAAGGCAGUGCAGACGUUUCAGGUGGAAAUUUCUGAAGAGAGCAACAAGACCAAGCUCCUUAAUGAUCAAAUCUUCCAGACGAGGAGUCAAAUAAAUGCGCUGGAGAGGCUGAUUCCCAACAUCCAGCCAAAGAUCAUCACCAAAGAGGUGAAAAAGGUUGAACAAGACCCUGAACUUAUCUCAGAAAGUGAGAAAAUCCAAAAAGACCUGGAGAGGGAGAAGGCUGAAGCAGACUCCUUGACCAAAGAAGUCAUUGAGCUCCACAGUCGCUACAGAGACAUUCAAGGCCUGAGGCCAGUAGUGGAGGUAAAGGAAAUCGUUAACGAGAUCUACCGCAUUGACCCAAACACAGAGGCUGAGAUCAUUCGCAUUAACAAAAACGUACAAGACCUCAAUAAACAGCGGGCUGAUCUUGAACGAGAGAUCACCAAUGUCACAACGGAUCUGAACAUCCUUCGCUCUCAGAAACCAAAAGUGGAACAUAAAGAAGUUCUCCAAGAAGUGAUCAAAGAAGAGAGAAGCCCUGAAAAUGAGCGUGAAAUUCAGAGGCUAAACGAACAAGUCAACAGCCUGCACUCACGCUGCUUGUCCCUUCAGGAUCAAGUCCGACUGCUCCAGAAAGAGAGGGAUGAAUGGAAGGCUGAGAAAUCCAAGGUAGAAACCAAACUCGUCACCAAUGAAGUCAUCAAGUAUAUGUCAGAUCCACUUCAGGAGAAGGAAGCAGAUCGCUUAAGAAGGGAAGUGCGGGAAGAGGCACAGUUGCGACGUAACAUGGAGGAGAUGGUGUUCGAUCUGCAGAACAAAUACAUAAAUAUGGAAAGGCUGAAACCUGAAGAGAAAGUGGUUACGAAGAAGGUUGUCCACCAACAGAAAGACCCUCAACAAGCCAGGGAGCAUGAGAAGCUCAGCAAAAACCUGGAUGACGAAGUAAUAAGUCGUCGUAGGCUGGAGAUUGAGCUACAGCAGUUAAGAAUAAAGCUGGAAGACAAAGAAAAGAUCCUGAGAGAGAGCGAUGAGCGCCAGAAAAAGAUUCAAGCAGAGUCGGAACUCAGAGAGAUCCGCACUCGCAUCAAUCAGCUGGAAAAUGCCCCACCUCCUGUUGAGGAGAGUAUAGUUGUGGAGGAGGUGCUGAAGGUUGAGAGGGACCCCAAACUGGAGAGGAUGACAAGCGGUUUGCGAUCCAGCAUGGAUAAGGAAACCGGCGACAUAUUGCGUCUGGAGAGAGACAUCCGUAGCACCACUCUGAAACUUGAGGUUCUGCAGAAGGAGAAAUCAGGCGAAAAGACGGUGUAUAAAGAAGUUGUCCGUGUCGAGAAAGAUCAGGCUGUAGAGGCCGAGAGGGACCACUUGAGAGAGCAGGUCUCUCUGAGCAAAUUUGAAAGACAAAAGCUUGAGGAUGAAGUCAGACGUUGCAACGACAAACUCAAUCUUCUGAGGAGUGGCCAAUCCAGUACUUCCAGAGAAGAGACGAGCCUUGUUUUGAAGAGGGAUUCCUUGCUGAGAGAUAAGGACACCCUCACAAGAGAGUUCAGAACGCUGGAGGCCAAGAAACACGACAUAAGCCUGUCUUUCCAGCAACAAAGCCGAUUACUGAGCGAAAGAACGCAACUCAACAGGCAGAAAAGCCUCAAGAUGGAGUCAGAUGUCCAGCGCCUGGAGAGGCAAAUAUUGGAAGAAAAGGACAAGAUUCACGAGCGAGACAGUACCAUCCGAGAGCUUGUGCAGGAGGUGCAAAGAGAGGGAAAUUCAGAGUCAAGGACCAAAGAGACCAACAUGUCUACCAAAAUCACCAUCUUGGAUCCAGAAACAGGUAAAGACAUGUCCCCCUAUGAUGCCUACAUGCAGGGUCUCAUCGAUCGUCCACAGUACCUACAUCUGCAGGAGUUAGAGUGCGACUGGGAAGAAAUCACCUCCACAGGACCAGAUGGUGAGACAUCUGUGCUGCAAGAUCGCAAGAGUGGAAGGCAGUAUUCCAUUAAAGAUGCCAUUAAAGAGGGAAAGAUAACGGAGUAUGAUCUGCAACAGUACAGAGAAGGCAAAAUUCCCAUUUCAGAGUUUUCUCUGAUGGUUGCAGGUAGCGACAAAAAGACCCCGUCUAAUUCAUUCCUCCCAAAGUCUGUCACUCCAGUAAAUUCAGCCCCUUUAAAUCUAUCCAAGGCUGAGGAAACGUACCCAAUUGCAGGAGUGAUUGAUUCAAAUACUGGCACCUGCUUUACAAUACGUACUGCUACCCAGCGCAGACUGAUUGACCGCACCACUGCCCAAAGGCUACUGGAGGCUCAGGCAGCCACAGGUGGCAUCUUUGACAUACAGAACAAGGAUAGAUACACAGUUCACAAGGCAGCAAACAGAGGCCUCAUCGAGGAAAGUCAACUCCAGCGGCUGCUCAAUGCAGAAAAGGCUUUUACUGGAGUGGAGGACCCCACAACCAGAAGGCUUUUGUCUGCGGGUGAAGCAGCUCAGAACGGCUGGAUGCUAAAGGAGACUGCUCGCCGCUACAUGGAGGCCCAGCACUUGACCGGAGGGCUGGUCAAUCCCAAAACAGGUGACAGAAUGAGCAUCACGGAUGCCUACAAGUCCAAAAUGGUUGACAGUACAAUGAUGAGGGAACUGCAGGCCGAGACAACGUAUGAGAAGGAUAUCUUAGACCCAAUAACACAGGAGAAGAUUAACUACAAGCAGGCUCUGGAACGCUGCAGGAAAGACCCGGCAACCGGGUUGCUGAUGCUGCCCAUUUCCUCCAAAGGGUCUGGCUACACAACAGGCACCAACUCCUACAAAUAUUAACCAGUCUAGAUACGUUUACUGAUCAGGGUUAUCCUGUUUGUGAAGCUACGGGGUAAACAAGUACUAGUGGAAAUUUUUGAAAAAAAUGUUUUGUGGAUGUUAUUUACAGUGUACAUUUUGACUCAGGAGACAUCUACUACUACAACUGUCUGUCAAGCUAAAAUAUUUGCUGUUGAAUUGUAUCUGUUUACCAAACAAGUCUUAUGUGGGCAGAUUUGUUUGUUUUUUUCUGGUUUGCUUUUUGGUUUAAUUUAAAAGCACAGAACAUAAAGGCUGCUUAUCUGUGAUAUCGUGUUGUUUGGGAUCCUGGGGCACGGUGCAAUGCUAUUUGCCAAGAAUGAUUUGAUUCUGUAUUACUUUUGGGAUGUUGACACUAAACCUUAAGCUCAAGACUGUUUAAUAUCCAAUGCAAAAAGAUAUAUCAAUAAAUUAUGUGAUUAAAGAGCA